AUGGCGCCCACACUGCGGCCCCGGCAGAGCCUGUCUGCGGAGAGGUUCCCGGUGUACUUUAGCAAGAUGCAGCCUCAGAACUACCCCGAUCUAAGCAGGGACUCACGGGCCCCAUCCAGCUCCAACCAACAAGACACUCCGAGUCUGUAUGCGGACAGCGCAUCUCUGGUUGCUACCACGGCUGUUGACUGGCAUGUAGGGAAUCCGGACAAACCACAGGGCAAGUUCUCGACCGAGCUCAAGGGCCAUUCGGCGGCCAUCGAGAAGGUGGCCUUCAACCCGGUCAAGGAUGCUGAGCUGUGCAGCGUGAGCAGCGAUGGCGUCGUCAAGUUCUGGGACGUCCGGACCAAGAACUGCUUCAAUGAGGUCAAGGGGCUCGGCGACGCCUUCACGCUGGCAUGGGCACCUGAUGGGCAGACCCUGAUUGUGGGGAACAAGGCGGAUAACAUAUUCGUCCUCUCCCCUACGAGUGCCACGGUCAUAUCGUCUCACCAGCAAGCCACCCACACCAACCAAAUCAGUUUCUGCUGGAGCGGCGACAAAGUGUUCGUCACCACAGCCGAAGGCAAGAUCAGGAUCCUGUCGUACCCUAACUUUGAGCCCAUCCUCCGCGAACAGUACGACGACGAGAGGGAGGCGAUGCUCAGCGGACACACGUCGAGCUGCCUGUCAGCUGAGCUCCAACCGAUCGGGCGGUACCUCGCGACAGGCGGGUCAGACUCGAUCAUCGCGCUGUGGGACACGAAGGACUGGUUGUGCAAGCGGACCAUCACCAGCUGGACGUUUGAUGGUAGCUUCAUUGUCGGCGGCAGCGACGAGGGGAACGGGCUGGUGGUAACGCAUGCCGAGACGGGGGACAAGGUGCACACUUUUAACACGGUGGGCCCGUGUCCGCUCGUGGCGUGGGCGCCGACGAGGUAUUGGCUUGCCUACAAUGACAUGGGCUACUUGAAGAUUGUGGGCGUCGACGUGGAUAAGUUGGACAGGAGAUAG